AUGCAGCUCGGUCUCUCCGAAAGCCUCUCGGCCCUGGUGGCCCGGCGCUUCAAAGCCGCUAAAGAAGGCAACCACCUCGUCUUCUCAUCCACGCACCUAUCCAUAAUAAACGCGGGCAUCCCAUACCAACUUCGUUACUGCCCAGCACUCGCAAAGAAACCAAAUAACCUUAGACCAAGCGCGCCUAAAGCUCCAAAACCAGACCCUUUCGAAACCCCCUCCCCAGAGCUCCUAAUAACCACACUUCCGCCAACAAACCCGUCUCACGCCCUCAUCCUAAACAAAUACCCGGUCAUCCCAAACCACUUCAUCCUCGCAACAACAGCCUGGGCUCCCCAAACCGACCUUCUCGACAGAGCAGACCUAGACGCAACCUACGAAUGUCUUCGCGCCUGGACCCAGAAUCACACAGGCCGCCUGUUCGCAUUCUUUAACUCCGGCGACGAAAGCGGCGCAAGCCAACCACAUCGUCACCUCCAAUUCCUCCCCGUCGAAGCAAUGCGCGCCGAUUCCACCCCAAAUGAUAUCUGGGAACCGCUCAUCGACGGAUUCAAAUCCCAGCCUCUAUCUCAAGGCAAAUUCCAACACCUUUCCCACCUCCCAUUUGCACACUUCGCCCUUCCAGUCCCGGAGAAACCGACGCCGGAGGUGUUACACAAUACAUAUCUCACUCUUUAUCGCGCCGCUGUCGCCGCCGUUGAAGGCAAUGCGCUUACGAAUGUAGCGAUGAGCGGAGCAGCGCAUAUAAGCUAUAAUCUAGCGAUGACUUUAUCGACUAUGAUGAUCGUUCCGAGAAGGGCGGAGACGGGUACAGUCCCAGUUGAUAUGGAGAAGGCUGGGGAUAUUGUAGAUCCGGGUGUUGUUUCGUUGAACGGGACGGUCUUGGCUGGGACGCUCAUGGUCAAGGCGGAGGCGGAGUGGGAUGUCUUGAGGGCGAAACCGGAACUUCUGGUGAAGGUUUUGAGAGAGGUUGGUUUUCCGAGGGAUAGAGAGGGGGCUGCCUUGUUAUAG